GGCGACUCCUCCCCCCGGACGGCCAGGAGCGCGUGGGGUGGCGGCAGUCAGGCUGCGCGAGUCGUGCCGGGGAGGCGCUGUGCGGUAAUAUCUGACUGUUACUCCUUAAUAACUGGAGUGGAAAGUAAAAAGGACCUCUGCUCCUCACUCCUCUUUUCCUCUCCCUGCCGGGCAGGCGUGAUGGCGGAAGCCGCGGCGACGGGCGCCGGCGGAGAGGCGAUGGCGGCGGUGGCGGCGGGGGAAGGCUCCUCGGGCCCGACAGGCUUGCCUCUAGGCCGGGGCUUCUCGAGCUACCGGCCCUUCGAGCCCCAGGCGUUGGGCCUCAGCCCGAGCUGGCGGCUGACCGGCUUCUCCGGCAUGAAGGGCUGAGGCUGCAAGGUCCCGCAGGAGACGCUGCUCAAACUCCUGGCGGGACUGACGCGGCCAGAGGUGCGGCCUCCGCCGGGCCGGGGCCUGGUCGGAGGCCGUGAAGAGACGGCCCAGGAAGCCGGCCUGCCGGUUAGGGCGGAACCCAGCCCAACCUUACCAACCCUCGGCAUUGGGAUGGACUCGUGCGUCAUACCCCUGAGGCACGGGGGCCUGUCCCUGGUGCAGACUACCGACUUCUUUUACCCCUUGGUGGAAGAUCCCUACAUGAUGGGGCGCAUAGCUUGUGCCAACGUGCUGAGUGAUCUCUACGCCAUGGGCAUUACUGAAUGUGACAACAUGUUGAUGCUACUCAGCGUCAGCCAGAGUAUGACUGAGGAGGAACGGGAAAAGAUAACACCACUCAUGAUCAAAGGCUUUCGGGAUGCUGCAGAGGAAGGAGGAACUGCAGUGACUGGUGGGCAAACGGUGGUAAACCCUUGGAUUAUCGUCGGUGGAGUUGCCACUGUGGUGUGUCAAGCAAAUGAAUUCAUAAUGCCUGACAGUGCUGUUGUUGGGGAUGUGCUUGUGUUAACCAAACCCUUAGGAACCCAAGUUGCUGUCAAUGCCCACCAAUGGCUGGAUAAUCCUGAAAGAUGGACUAAAAUAAAGAUGGUGGUCUCCAGAGAAGAGGUAGAGCUGGCCUAUCAGGAAGCCAUGUUCAACAUGGCUACCCUAAAUAGAAUUGCUGCUGGAUUAAUGCACACGUUUAAUGCCCAUGCAGCCACAGAUAUCACAGGCUUUGGCAUUCUGGGUCACUCUCAGAACCUUGCAAAACAGCAAAGAAAUGAGGUGUCCUUUGUCAUUCAUAAUCUGCCAAUCAUUGCCAAGAUGGCUGCCAUCAGCAAGGCCAGUGGGCGCUUCGGGCUCCUUCAAGGAACCUCAGCAGAAACUUCUGGGGGGUUACUGAUUUGUCUGCCAAGAGAACAGGCAGCUCGCUUUUGUUCGGAAAUCAAAUCUUCAAAGUAUGGAGAGGGCCACCAAGCCUGGAUCGUCGGCAUCGUGGAGAAGGGAAACCGGACAGCCCGGAUCAUUGACAAGCCUCGAGUUAUCGAGGUCCUGCCUCGAGGAGCCUCUGCUACCGCUCUUGCUCCUGAGAAUUCCAGUACCUCCUCUGAGCCUAGCUUGUGAGAUGGAAUAGGGGAAGUUGUUUGGACUGUAGAGCCUUUGUACAGAAUCAUGGACAAUUCUCAAGAGUUGAUUUUAGGAAAUUUCCAAAGAAGGCUGCCUGCGUAAUAGUUCCAGCUGCCCUUUGUAGGUGAUUUGAAUCAGCCCAUCAAAAGCUGCACAUUCCAAGGCCAGAAGUAACAUUUUGGACUUUCGGGGGGUAGGUUUGCUAAUCUCUCGAGUGGAAAAAGAGCAGAAAACCCUCUGUUUCCUCUUUCCAAGAGCAAGAUGAGGCUACUCAGGUUUGAGAGAUUUUUCUCAGCACAGGGUUCAUUGAUUUCUGCCCAGGGAGUGAGAUUAUUUAAAAUUACAUAGACACCAAAAAUAAGUUGCAAAAAGAAAAACAUUUAGAUCAGAAGCAAAUAAGUUUGGACCAGUACUGUUGAUAAAUCUAAAUUGUUAAGGGAGAUUAAAAUGCAAUGUCAAAUUCUUAUUAGAUUACUCUGAAAUACUGGCUCUUUCCUACUCUGGACAAGAAUUGAGCAGCUUGUCCAAUGACUGGGAAAGGAGGACCUCCAGCCACCUUACUUGGUCUCUGUUAAUGACGUCUCUCCCUCUAAACCCCUUUAAGGACUGGGAGAGGCAGAGCAAGCCCCAGAGCCCAGGCCUUGGUGGACAUUAAGAUGUUAAAUUCUUGUGUUGAAAAUUCCUGGUGAUUUAAUCAAUAAAGUGAUUUCUAAUGAAAUAAAGAGGAUUUUGUUGAAAAAUU